GUUCCAAGUUUACCACCGAAUAUCACAGAAGGGUUCAACACUAGUUCAACAAGCAUCUUCUUAAACUGGACGCAAAUACCUCCCGGCUUCAUCCAUGGAUACUUGUUAGGUUACAAAAUGACUUUAUACCAAAUUACAAGUAGUGGUGUCUAUCAAGAAGCUGUUACGAUCGAUACUGGGCUUGCUGAGCUAUCAAAAGACAUUACCAGUCUAUCAGUAUACACUACUUACUGUAUUCGUCUGGCUGGACGAACUCGAAUUGGCCCAGGAAACUGGAGCGACUGUUUCAACGUAACGACUGAUGACGAAGGUAAGGAGCUAGUUACCGAAACAAAGAGGGUUUGUAUAGAUUUCGGCCCAAAGGUCAAUUUGGGAACCAUCUGGCCUUAAAGUAAAGCGAACCUCGAAUUCAAAAGUGGAAGCAUGAAAAUUAAUAAGUUCGCCGAAAUUCUAAAAGGGUCUUAUCAACACUCAAAAAAGAGUGUAUAAGAAUGACAAGAAGAGUAGUUAGUUGUCGAAAAUCUGGGUUUUUCCAGGAUAUCCAAGUGUUUAGCAUUGUUACGUUUUGUCAAAGUACGCAGCUAUUAUCCCCAGGAAUGUAUUUGACAUACGAUGAUCUUGUGUUCGCCUAAAGGAAGCCGUUUAAAAUUGUUAAUAGUAUUUGCGGGAAGGAAUCUCCUAACCUGUACUGUGCCAACUGUGAUGCCUCGGCAUUAAAUGGUUCAAAGAGAGUAUCUUUUUAAAAGGAAAUUAAGUCUCUCGAACGAUGGUAUGAGUACUGCACUGUGAUGGACAACGCAUUUAAUUUAAAUAACUUGCAUGAUAAAAAUUGAAAAGUCUCUCAAGUAUAGUCAGUCAUUUUUAUAUCCCGUUAUCUGCCUGUUUCUUGGGCGUAAUAGCAUUAGGCCUGUCUCACCAACUGAUGCCCUGUAUUAUCAUUCUCUAGUUCUACCGUUGCCUCCAAUUGAUGUCAAAGCUGUCAGUUUUACAAGUACCAACACCAUGAACGUAACAUGGAGUCCACCUCCCCUUUUAUACGGUGAGAUAACUGGGUAUAAGAUCAUUUUUGAGUAUCAGUUGGAGGAUGGUACCUGGCAAACACGAGAAGCCAUGACUUGUUCAACUCAGACGACGCUAACUGGGCUGGACAUUAACACUGAGUACAGAAUUAAGGUCGCUGCUAGCACAAGGAAGGGCUUCAGUCCCUUUAGCGAAUUCGCCUAUGGA